AGCAGCACACACAGACAUUGAUGAUGGGCGUGCGUGUGUGAGCGUGUAUGUGCGGUGGCAAAGAGACUUAUCGAACAAAGAGGGACAGAGAUAACUUGUCAGUUUAUACAAAGCAGUAGCUCACUCGUACACAUCGUUGUUGUAUCGAUUUUAUUUUAUACGUGCAUUCGAUUCAUUUUUCUGUAGGAAUAAAAUCGUGAAAUUCUCUAUUUGUUUCCUCCAAAAUAUUUUCAUUUAAAAAAAAAAUGAAAAUUAAAUUAAAUCGCCGUAAAUAAGUUUAACAUAGAAAUGAAUUUUUUGUCGUAGUUAAAGUCGUGAGUAAAUGAAUUAGAAAUUAAAAUUUUAAAAAAAAGUUCAAGCUAUAGUUUCAAAUUCGAAGAAUAUAUACAGAAGUGACAAAGAAAACUUAAGCAUUGGGAAGAAUUAAACGAAAGAAGCAGAAAAAAAGAAAAAAGAAAAAAAAUACGAUCCACAAAGUAAAGGAGAGAGAAUUUUGGCCUGGCAUUGUGUGUGCGCGCUAAGCAAUAUAUAUGUGUACACAUUGAGAGUGUUGUUAGCGUAGUGAGAGAGAGAGAGAGAUACACGCACCGCAAUAUAAUACAACAAUACACGUAAAAACGGAUACCUAAAAAAGCACACACGCUCAUCGCACACACAGAUAGCGAAAGAGAGGAAUAUUACAAUGGUCACAAACACGAAACAUUUAUGGCAGUACCAAUCGGAGAAAUGAAAAAUUAUCGAAAGCGGCCAUUAAAGCGUCGUUCGUCAGAUAAAAGAAAAAAAUCGUCUCGAUACAUUUAUAAAAUUAGAUUAUUGUGAUGCUGUUCUAACGAAUAGAGGUAAUAAUAGUUCGGUUGAAACAAUGCGAACAAUGAAUGUGGCCAGCAAGCGAAUCCACCGAUAUCUUCCACAAAUAUGAAGCAUUUAAUUUCGAAAAUCAACAAGAUAAAAUCAUCGAAUCAAGGAUACAAUGUUUCUAUUGUUCUCUCUCUCUCUCUCUCUCUCUCUCUUCGAUAUUUUUUUCUCAUCAGUCAUGCAUGUAUUUCAAAUGAAAUAUUUAGGCGACCGAAUUCGUUUUUUUUCUCUCUUCGAUGGUUACCACCCUUUUGAAUAACAAUGAUCCUUCUUUUUAUCAAUGCUCAUGCAUUCAAUGAUUCAUUAUUCUCUUUGCUGACGCAGUCAAUCUUCGAUUCCAAUUAUGAUUCCGAGUAAAAAGCAUGUCAGAAGAAAUCCCCAUUUUACAGUCAAAUUAGCUGGCAUCUCAAUUAGUUCGGGGGAACAAAAAUGCAAAUUUGCUCUGGUAUCAGUGUCAGAAGAAUAUUUUGUUCCAUUUUUGAAUGUUUGACGAAAGAAAAAAAUAAAACAAAAAAUCCUCUCUCGUCAUCAUCAGUCCGACAUUGUUCAUUUAUAAUGUUUUAUUUAUAAAACCAAACGGAAGAGUGUGUUUGCGCAAUAGAUCGCUCGUUUGGUUCAAAUGAAAAAUUUAUAUUUCCGAAAUGCAAAAAAUGGUGUAGUAAAACAUUGUUUCAGAAAUGAAACCGUAAAAUGUGAAUCAUAAAAUCUAUCGAAUUCGAGGCUAGUUUCAACAGUCAUUAAUGUGGCAAAAAAGUAAUUCUUUCCAUACUAAUCGAAACUUGAAUAACUAUGGUGGUUGACUCUGGUGCACGGCCACACCGUCAUCCACCAUCGGCUUCAAUGAGUACUACACAGCAGCAGCAUCAUCAAACGUCGCACCAUAGCAAAAUGCAGGCCACUGGUAUGACACCGAAAGAGCUAUCGGAAAAUGAUGACCUCGCCACAUCGCUCGUACUCGAUCCAUACUUGGGCUUUACAACGCAUAAAAUGAACAUAAAAUAUCGACCGCUCAAAGCGAACACUGCUGAACUCAAAAAUAUUGUCGCCGAAUUCAUUCAAACUCAAGACUAUGAGAAAGCGUAUCAACAGAUUAUGAAGGGCGAAUGGAUGCCACGGCACAUCAAAACGAAUAAAAAUAAAUUGGCACAACAACGUCUACAGCAGCAUAUUUAUCGAUAUUUACGCGUUUUCAGUCGUGAAUCUGGAUUCAUGAUCGAAGGAUGCUAUCGUUAUUCAUUGGAAGAUCAAAAGGGUGCCAAAAUAUCGGCAACACGGCGCUGGGAGAAAAACGAUAAAAUCGAAUGUCUAGUCGGAUGCAUUGCCGAAUUGACUGAAGAGGAGGAGAAGGCGUUGUUGCAUCCGGGUAAAAAUGAUUUUUCCGUUAUGUACAGUUGUCGAAAAAACUGUGCACAGCUGUGGUUGGGACCGGCAGCUUAUAUAAAUCAUGAUUGUCGAGCAAAUUGUAAAUUUGUUGCGACCGGACGAGAUACAGCAUGUGUCAAAGUAUUACGCGAUAUUGAAGUUGGCGAGGAGAUUACUUGUUUCUAUGGUGAGGAUUUUUUUGGCGACAACAACAGCUAUUGCGAGUGUGAAACGUGCGAACGUCGUGGCACCGGUGCCUUUGCAUCUAGAAAUAUGAACAGGAGCACAGUCAGUGAUGAUAGUAAUGCGAGUUCAAGUCUCAAGACAAGCGUUGGUGGCGGUAGCCAGGGUACAACAGGAAAUUAUCGAUUACGUGAAACGGACAAUCGAAUCAAUCGCAUCAAGAAUAAAAAUAAAAAUGCAAUACAAAGCGGCGGAUCAAUGAGCGUCGGGACAAGUAAUCGUGCAGAUAAUGAUAAACUUAUGACACCACUUACACUUAGGGAGCUUCGGCAAAAAGGACUAACGAAGUAUGAUGCCGAAAUGAUAAUUGCACAACAAAAUCCAAAUAAUGUGUUCAACAAGUAUCCACAGCUCAUGGCGGUGGAUUCAUCAUCUAAACAAGUCGAUUCAAAUAGUAAGAAAAACGGUGGUAGCCCAGCGAGUAGCACCGAUGAACCAGCAAAAAACCGAACACCUUUGUCGACCCGAAGAAGUAAACGAAUCGUUUCUUCGGAGAGUGCAGUUGCAACAACAACAGCAGCAGCAGCGGCUGAGUCCGUAUUAUCGGCAAGCACAAGGGCCAGUUCAAGCGGUUCGCCGGCGGUGAAAAGCAAAAAGUCACCAGCCAUGUCUUUGAGAGAAAGACGUUUCAAACGGCGUGAGGCUACAAAAAACUUAAGCGAUGGCGGUGUUGCUGCAACAAAAAUCAGUUCAAAUCCAGACACGGAGGCUAAUGAGAGCAUUGCACACAAUCAGAACCAUGAUGGCGCUUCAUCGUCACAGAAUUUAUUAUGCUCAGAUAUCGGACUGAGCAACGGGGUAGCGGUUGCGUUGCAGACCGAAACCACUCCGACCAAAAAUCGAUCGACUGCCAUAGAAAACUGCCGACAAAAUUUAUCUGCGAAAAUCUGUGAUCUGACCAAACGUAAUGAUGAUUUCAUUCGUGAGACGAGCACGAAAGUGGCGAACGAAACGACACCAACGAAAUUGAAUGGUGCGGUUAAGUCGCCAGUAAACGGAUUGAUGCCGAGACGAUCACGCAAAGGAAUUCCACACAAAUUGGAUAUCACAAAUGGAUUCGAUGACACAUCAGACAUUGAAUCAAGUGGUGCAGACUCAAAACUACCUCCGCCAAAUGCUACACAACCACAACGGCCAAUCAAUGGCGUUGUAAAUGGAACAAUUGCCCGAAAACGGAAAAUAUCGAAAAGUGUAAGCGAAUCGGAGAGUACGUCAUCGUGGGAGAAUAAAGCACCAUCAGGCUCACAAUGUUUGAAUUCAGCAAAAGGUGUGAACAAUGCAAUUGUUCUGCAACCGGAGCAUGUUCUAUUGAAAACACCUGAAAGACGUUUAAAACUAACGUUACGCAUGAAACGAAGCCCAAUGUUGGACGAUCUUAUCGAAUCGGGAACGAAUUUAAGUGAUGGAAGUGGCAAUAGUGCGUACAAUACACACUAUGCCCCCGAAUACGAAGUGUUUCGUGUGGAAGGGCUGCUCGACAAUUCGGACGAUGAUGAUUCAUUUGAUGCAUCAGUGUCGUCACCAUCGAAACCACAACAAAAGCGAAAGAAACGACACAAAACCAAGGCGAAAAGCCAUCGCCAUCGACACCGAAAGCAGUCACAGUCACAGCAACAGCAGUACAAUAUGGAACAAACUAGCUCGGAAGAUCAAUCGAAGCCAAUCAACAAUCAUUCGCACUUGAGUCAUCCAUCACACGUAAACCAUACAAAUCAUGAGCAAAUACAAUACCAGAAGAACCAUGAGAUAAAUCAUUUGGAUAAGAUGCAUUACGGCAAUAGUGAUAGCAAAAUCCAGAAUCGCAUUCGACAUUUAAAUAGUAGCUGUAAUAAUUGUAGUGAUCAUUGUAAUUUACAUUUUCUACAGAAGAAGAGCUCACCACACAAUACCCAGCCAAUGAAGCGUUUACGAUUAAUUUUUGGUAAUGAAUCGCAUACUAUUGACAUUCCACCAACAAUCACGCAACAGUCAUCAAAUCCAACAACAAACGCAUCGACGACUAGACUCAUUCCAACCUAAACAGCAUCAUCACCAA